AUGGAUCGACCAUCAUCUACUUGUUUACUUACUGCCAUGUACGACGGAUUGUUCUAUACUAAAGGCAGCGAGGAGUUCAAUGAUUGGAAAAUGUCGGCCAUCAAUCCCACUGUUAUCAAGGAGCUGGAAGAAUUCGUCACCGAGCAACUGAAGGACUGUGGCCCAGCUACGUACGUCGACAGGGCAGAAGGGUCCUACAACAUGAUAUUCCGGUUCCGCUUUACCACCGGGACCAACGUUGCGCUGUGCAUUCCUAAACCAGGGCAUACGCCUUCAGCUCUCGCUGCCGAGAAGAUUGCGAACGAGGUCGCGUGGAUGCGGUACCUCAAGGCAAAGACAAGCCUUCCUGUCCCCAACCUGGGAGACUUCUAUAUCCAACUCAAUCGCUUGCCCUUCGAGAAGAUUGGGUCCAUCACCGAAGACCCGCUCUCAGGUCAGUGGAAAAUCACACAACACCCGCUCACUAUGGACAUGCAUCAACUCGUACUGGGCGUUCCCGCUUACCCAACCGAGGAAUGGCCUACCAGGCCGCUCCAGCGCUCUAGCGACUACUUCGAUUUUGUUGUGGCUCAGCAGCACAACCAGCUCUGGAAACUGCGCAACCUUAACGCGGACCAGCAUGAUGAACAGGACGUCGACCUAGAACAGGCUGCCAAAAUUGCUCGUCUCCGGUUCAAAGCCCGCUUAGGCUUCAAACAGCUGAUUCCCCUGUUUCACAACCAAAGUGACGACAGCGGCCCUUUCCUCCCCUUCAACCCAGACCUCGAUUCGCGAAACAUGGUCAUUGACCCUAACACCAAUCGUAUCACUGGCAUUUUCGAUCUUGAGUUCAGCAACGCUAUGCCGACGCAGUUUGCACGCGACCCGCCCCUGUGGCUACACAGAGUACUUCCGGGGCAGUGUCUUGAAAAAGAUUUCUUCCCUUGGUUUCUGCAAAGCUACCAGCCUUACCUUGACCAGUUUUUGGACGCUAUGAAGCGUGUAGAAGCGAGGAGCCAGGCUCGCGACGGAGAGAAGCCGCUAUCCACUCUGAUGCUUGAGUCUUGGACCAGCAAGCGCUGCUGGCUCAACUAUGCAGCUCACCAUGCUGAUCAUAGUGACGCUCUGUAUUGGGCUGAGCUUCGACAACUUCAUCCGAGUGGGGACGGGCCUGAACUGUCGCCUGAUAUGGAAUCUGAGAUGGAGAGCUAUGUAGAGCACACCAAAAAGCAGAUUGCGGCGUACGAAAAAGCGUGGGUGGCGGAAGAGACUGUGUCGACAGCUUAA